UGUUCUGUGUCCGCAGUCUCUGGUCAUCUCCUGUUCUGUGUCCGCAGUCUCUGGUCAUCUCCUGUUCUGUGUCCGCAGUCUCUGGUCAUCUCCUGUACUGUGUCCGCAGCCUCUGGUCAUCUCCUGUUCUGUGUCCGCAGUCUCUGGUCAUCUCCUGUUCUGUGUCCGCAGUCUCUGGUCAUCUCCUGUACUGUGUCCGCAGCCUCUGGUCAUCUCCUGUACUGUGUCCGCAGCCUCUGCUCAUCUCCUGUACUGUGUCCGCAGUCUCUGCUCAUCUCCUGUACUGUAUCCGUAGUCUCUGGUCAUCUCCUGUACUGUGUCCGUAGUCUCUGGUCAUCUCCUGUACUGUGUCCGCAGUCUUUGGUCAUCUCCUGUACUGUCCGCAGUCUCUGGUCCAUCUCCUGUACUGUGUCCGCAGUCUCUGGUCAUCUCUUGUACUGUCUGCAGUCUCUGGUCAUCUCCUGUACUGUGUCCGCAGUGUCUGGUCACUUCCUGUACUGUCUGCAGUCCAUUGGUUCAGAAUAUUUUUUUUUCUUGUUUUUCUCCUCUAAAACCUAGGCGCGCCUUAUGGUCAGGUGCGUCUUAUGGAGCGAAAAAUACAGUAACUUGACAAAUCUUAAAUUUGUGCG